GAAGUGAUCAUAAUCAGAAUCAUGAAGAGCUACACACAGUUUCUUGGGUUUGUUCUUGUAGCUCUUGUCCUGGAAGUGGGCUUGGCCCAGGACACUCCAAGGACAAUCGUCACUUCUGAUUUCUUCAAUACCCUCCUUCCUCAAGAUGGUUGUGAGGGAAAAGGCUUUUAUAACUAUGAUUCCUUCAUAUCUGCCGCAGAAAGUUUCAACGGCUUUGGCACCACCGGCGGCACCGACGUUCAAAAGAGGGAGCUAGCUGCUUUCCUUGCUAAUGCCAUGCAUGAAACAGGAAGCCUCUGCAAGAUCAACGAAACGUUAGAUCCUUCUGUACACUGCGAUCAAAGCUACCAGAUAUAUCCUUGUGCUCCAGGCAAAAGUUACUUUGGCAGAGGACCGUUGCAGCUAUCAUGGAACUACGACUAUGGUGCAGCGGGGCAGGCCAUUGGCUUCGACGGCAUGAACAACCCAGAGAUCGUGGGGAAGGAUGCAGGCAUAUAUCUUUCAAGACAGCAGUGGUUCUGGAUGUCCAACUGCAACUGCCACCAAGGGAUCACCUCAGGCGGUGGCUUCGGCUCCACCAUCAGAGCCAUCAACAGUGGUGAGUGCGGCGGAGGAAAUCCAGGAAAAGUACAGUCCAGGGUCAGCUUCUACCAGCGGUUCUGCCAGCAGUUAGGCGUAGACCCAGGGCAGAACAUCGACUGCUAGAAUUUGCCACCGGCCUGCCCUGCCUGUCGACCUUGCUUCCUGAUCCACCAUACCAUUUCAUAUGUACCUCUACUACGUCUAUGCUUGUACUCAUAUAAAUAAAAUGUAAGGUGUCACGUUAUGCAUAGCUGGAAUAUGUAUCCUACGGAACAUCAAGCUCUUUGUCUAGAGAACAAGUUGCAUGUCUGG